AUGCAGUGCUACGCUGAGCUGACGCCUCCCACGGCCGUCACGCAUUCCGUCUCGUUGCCUUUUGUGUCGGCGCAAAGCAACAACCUGGUCGUCGCGAAGUCAUCCCUCCUCCAGGUCUUCGAGACCAAGAAUAUCGUUGCCGAGAUCGACAACGCCCAGACCUCGAAUGCGCAAUCCAACAAGCCAACGAGCCAAUAUGAUAGCCGAUUGAAUGAUGACGAGGGCCUCGAGUCCUCUUUUUUGGGCGGUGAUGCCGUUCUGGUGCGGUCGGAUCGAAGCAACACAACGAAGCUAGUUCUGGUUGCGCAGUUUUCGCUGUCAGGCACAGUCACAGGGCUCGCUAGGAUCAAAACACUCAAUACAGAAUCAGGUGGCGAGGCCUUGCUCAUUCUUUUCAAGGAUGCAAAGCUGAGUUUGGUCGAGUGGGACCCCGAGCGAAAGGGUCUCUCAACCAUCUCCAUCCAUUACUAUGAACAAGAAGAGUUACAGGGCAGCCCUUGGGCGCCGGCUUUGAAUGAUUGUGUCAACUUCCUGGCUGCAGACCCUGGGAGCAGGUGUGCUGCUCUCAAGUUUGGCACCAGAAACCUGGCCAUAUUGCCAUUUAAGCAGCCCGAUGAAGACAUUGACAUGGGUGACUGGGAUGAAGAGCUAGAUGGCCCGCGACCUGUGAAAGACCAGUCAACGGCUAUCGUAAAUGGAACUAGCAACAUAGAAGAGACAACACCUUAUUCACCGUCAUUUGUCCUUCGACUCUCCAAUCUUGAUCCUAGUCUCAUCCAUCCCGUGCACCUCGCCUUCCUAUAUGAGUACAGGGAACCGACCUUCGGCAUCCUGUCCUCCACCAUGUCUCCUUCGCCCGCAUUGAAUAGGAAGGACCACCUCUCCUACAUGGUUUUCACACUAGACCUUCAACAGAAAGCCUCCACUACCAUUCUCUCUGUUGGCGGCCUUCCACAAGAUCUUUUCCAAGUCAUUGCCCUACCGGCACCCGUUGGCGGAGCUCUCCUUGUUGGCACCAACGAGCUGAUUCAUGUUGAUCAAUCUGGAAAGUCAAAUGGAGUGGCAGUCAAUCCUUUUACGAAGCAAUGUACCUCCUUCGGUCUCGCUGACCAGUCCGAUCUCAAUCUACGACUUGAGGGUUGCACUAUCGAUCUCUUGUCCCCCGAAAGUGGGGAGAUGCUGAUGGUUCUACUCGAUGGUCGCCUUGCAGUUCUGAGCUUCCAGAUAGACGGCCGAACCGUAUCCGGUCUACAUCUCCAAAUUGUCUCUAAUGACUGCGGCGGAACAAUCAUUCCAAGUUCUGUCUCAUCUCUAAGCCGACUAGGAAAGAAUGUGAUUUUCGCUGGCAGUGAAGAUGCAGACUCCUACGUCUUUGGAUGGACCAGAAAGCAAACCCAACAAUCCAGAAGGAAAACGCGUACGGCUGAGGCUUCAGUCGAUUUUGAUAACGAUGAAGAGGAACCGGAAGACGACGAUGAAGAUGACCUUUAUGGCGAUGGCCCAGCUGUUGCACGUGUUUCUGAUAGCGCUGGUGCCUCUACGAAAGGUGGCGAUCUUGUCUUUCGAGUCCAUGAUAGUCUCGUGAGCAUCGCCCCAAUUAGAGACAUCGUAUAUGGCAAGGCCGCCUUCCUACCGGAUAGCGAAGAAGAGAAGAACUCUGCGGAUGUUCGAAGCGAUUUGCAAAUUGCUUGUGCUGUUGGCAGAGGAAGCGCAGGCUCUAUUGCUGUGAUAAACCGGCAAAUCCAACCAAAGAUCAUUGGAAGGUUUGAGUUUCCCGAGGCACGCGGACUUUGGACAAUGAGUGCCCAGAAGCCGAUUCCAAAAUCACUGCAGGGCGAUAAAGGUGGAAAUACAGUUGGCAAUGACUACAGUUCAUCCGCCCAGUAUGACAAAUUCAUGAUUGUAGCCAAGGUCGACCUUGACGGUUAUGAGACGUCUGAUAUCUACGCUCUUACCGCUGCAGGGUUUGAGACUCUGACGGGAACGGAAUUUGAACCAGCAGCAGGAUUUACUGUUGAAGCUGGCACGAUGGGAAAUCACAAGCGAAUCAUACAGGUGCUAAAAUCCGAGAUCCGCUGCUACGAUGGAGAUCUUGGUCUCAACCAGAUACUUCCAAUGCUUGAUGAAGAAACUGGAGCCGAGCCUCGCGUGAUCAGUGCGAGCAUUUCCGACCCAUUCCUUCUCCUAAUUCGGGACGACUUAAGCGCAUUCAUUGCUCAGAUGGACAACAGCUGUGAGCUGGAAGAACUCGACAAGGUGGACGAGAAGCUGUCAUCUACGAAAUGGAUUACCGGCUGUUUAUAUGCCGACGUUUAUGGGGUUUUUGCACCUGUUCAGAACGAUAAGGGCAUCAAGACUGGCGAGAAUAUCCUCAUGUUCUUACUGAGCUCGACUGGAGCUCUCUAUGUAGGUUAUUCUACGAUGAGCCCGCCUCCCGUAUACAUAGCGGAAGGGCUGUGCUACAUCCCGCCGAUACUCUCAGCUGAGUUUGCAGCAAGGAGGGGCACAGCGAAAGACACCAUUACGGAGAUUCUAGUAGCGGAUCUUGGCGACACUGUUUCGAAGUCUCCUUAUCUUAUUGAAAUUGUGCAAGAUGAUGCAUCGAACGAGGCCCGACACUUUCCCCUUCGUGUGUGCCGUAAUGUCAAUGGCUACACUACUGUGUUCCUACCUGGGCCUUCAGCAAGUUUCAUCAUUCGUUCCGCGAAAUCCACGCCUCAGGUGAUUGGACUUCAGGGCUCCGGCGUGACGGCCAUGAGCUCGUUCCAUACAGAGGGCUGCGAACGAGGAUUUGUAUAUGCAGACUCGGAAGGCAUCGCCAGAGUUACACAACUGCCCGAAGAACACACCUUCUCGGAGCUCGGGAUGUCGCUGAAGAAAAUACCAUUGGGUGUUGACAUCAAUGCCAUUGCCUAUCAUCCACCGAUGAAAGUCUAUGCACUGGGCUGCAGUGUCUUCGAGGCAUUUGAGCUGCCGAAAGACGAUGACUAUCACAAAGAGUGGGCGAAAGAGAAUGUUUCGUUCAAGCCUAUGGUCGAGCGAGGUGUGCUCAAGCUCGUUAGCCCUAUCACAUGGACCGUUAUCGAUUCCCAGGAGAUGGAGUCAUGCGAGACAAUUAUGUGUAUCAAAACAUUGAAUCUGGAAGUUUCUGAAGACACUCAUGAGCGGAAACAACUUGUUGUUGUCGGCACAGGUAUAUCCAAGGGAGAGGAUCUGCCCAUCAAGGGCCGCAUUCAUGUCUAUGAUGUGGUUCCAGUCAUCCCUGAACCCGGGAAGCCAGAGACGGAUCGUAAGCUCAAGCUCAUCGCGACAGAAGACAUACCUCGUGGGGCUGUCACGGCGAUCUCCGAAGUAGGCAGUCAAGGCUUGAUGCUCGUGGCUCAGGGCCAGAAGUGCAUGGUGCGAGGUCUCAAGGAAGACGGGACACUGCUGCCCGUGGCUUUCAUGGACAUGAACUGUUACGUCACGAGUGUCAAGGAAAUACCAGGCACGGGGCUCUGCUUGAUGACAGAUGCCUUCAAGGGCGUCUGGUUCACAGGCUAUACUGAAGAGCCAUACAAGAUGAUGCUCUUUGGUAAAAGCAAUACUACCAUGGAGGUGUUGAACGCAGACUUCCUCCCUGAUGGCCGGGAACUGUUCAUUGUCGCCGCCGAUACAGAUGGAAAUCUCCAUAUAUUCCAGUUUGAUCCAGAACGUGAGUUUGACCCUGUAUACUGCGAGUCGAUCGAUUUACUGACGAUGCUACAGAUCCAAAAUCGUUACAAGGACAUCUACUGA